AUGAGGCGCACAGCGGAUAAUUAUCAUACGAGCUUGAAGGCCAGUGCGGUUUCGACAAGUGCAUCGACUAAAGAAAAACAAAAGAAAAGUGUAUUGUUCACUUUGUACGUCCUGAGGCUGUUGACAACAGAGCGACUAUGGAUUGGUUGCGAUUGGUCGUUCGCUCUUCUGAUAGCUGUUGCUUCGGUGCAGGUUGGGGCUGAAGGACCUAAAAAGAAAAUACGCAUACAUCUCCCACAAAAGGUGAAACAUAUACAUCAUCACAAGAAAAUAUACAUUACGAAUCAUCCGGCUGCAGCUUCUCAGUCUCAGUAUGCCCCGGCAUAUUUGCCGAGCGCAGACGGCUCAGUUGCAUUACCAUCGAACGUGGCGCUACCAGCAGUGGCCGGCCUUUUACCACUCAACUCUAUGGAGCUCUACGAUGAUGCACCAUCACGGUUUCCCGGAGGUUCAUCGGUUGCUUCCAAACUUUUACCGUUAUAUCGUGCUCGAGGCUACUAUGGGCCUACUCCAUCAGAAGUAGAAGAUGAAGAAUACGAUUUAGCUCCCCCGCCAGAACCCGAGGAUUCAUAUCUGCCUGCGCCAACACCAAGUAGAGUGAAAAUUAUCAAAGCUAAAGAUGGACCGCGUAAAAAGAUCAACAAAAAGCCGAAAACAAAACGUGCGCCUGUGCGAAGUCGACCCCGGCCAGAACCAGAAGACGAACAUCCAGUGUCAAAUUUUCAUGAACAAUUUUAUUCGGAUGUCGAUGGAACAGGUACUAUAAGAAAAAUUAGGAAACCGCCACGAGUUGAAAAAAUUGUCGAUGGAGAUACCGAACAUAUCCAUACCUACAGCGAAGAGCACAUACAUAAACUCGUAUUUGACGAAGAAUCUAAACUCCCUGGUUUGGUAGGCGUUGAUCCUGUCGGCAGUAUGUCAGCGCUAAGUUUAGCGCGUCCAUUGAUUCCAUUUCAUGGCCAGUCUUUAGUAGCUGUUCCUCCAGAAACCCUAACCGGUUUUGCAUCAGCUGCUUCCGCAUCGUCACAUUUAGAUUAUUCUCCGUACAACCAACGUGACGUGACACAUGAUCACAUAUUUCACGAUCAUGGGGAAAUUCCGGCUGAUGUAGAUUUUAGUAAGGAAGUAUUAGCUCUACCACCGAAAAUUUCUUACAAUAGCCAGGGCUUAAGAAUAAGUGGAAGCCACCCGAAACGGCUUAAAAGCAAAUAUGCAAAUAAAUAUCCGAAGCCUGCGAAACCAACGUCUCCUACUGAUUUUUCCUAUUACGAAAAUAUUUACGCUCCCCAAAGUGGACUAAAGAAAUUACAGAGACCAAAAAUUUCCCAAUACGCUGCACAGUCUGAAACGGAUAUAGAAGAUUAUAGACCUAUUCCGUCAUUUAAACUUUUAGGAAAACAUAAGCCCCGUUCUUAUGGAGGUCAGGCAGUAUCGGAAUUCAGACAAGAAAGUGCACCAUCUCCUUUUUCAGUAUCAUCAACCAUAGUUCAUGAUUAUCAACCUAAAGCUUUCCCGGGGGCUUCUGCUCCAUCGGGAUUUUCAAAGUUUAAAGAUCCUUUUGUAGGUUUUGGUGACAGCUAUGCAAACAAUUAUGAAUAUGACACUUUUGCUUCCUCAUCAAAUGUCCAUUCAUCAGAUCAUUUGACUCUUCCCAGAACAAAAGCGAAGAAGUCUAUAUCAACUCAAAAUAUUAAUUUUGGAGGAAAAGACCAUCAAACGACAGUUGAUCACUUAGACGAGAGUGUCAUGUCCUCAGAAAUAAACGAUGACGAUACACCCACUGCCCUCGAGAGUUUCAGCAGUUUUGAUGAUACUCGAGGCCCAAAUGGCGUGACGUCUACACCAUACACGAUUAAAGAGUCGUCACCUGUUCAUUCAUAUUACACAGCCAUGGCUGUCAAAGCCAUGCAAAACGAACAGGCAUCUGCACCCGAAGCUUCGAAUGAUAACUUUCAAUACGUAGAGGCUCCACCACAGUCCACUACUCCUAAUAUACCUCCUGUAGCAACGACUACUACCGCUAUACCCCAAUAUUUCGAGAUGUCAAACUCGAACCCAGCGUCAACGGACCUAACAGAAGUUGAGAAAAGACAAAGACAGAGGAGCAAAAACACAAAUAAAUUAAACACUGAGCAAGAUCACCGAUUAUACUCCGUGAUUGUGGAUUACAAGAAUGAUGACCGAUCGAUCAUCAGGCCACAUAAUCAGAUGAAUUACAUGCAAAACUCAGCUUCUGAUGCAAAUGUGAGAGGGCAACUCAAAUAUGGUGACAAAAUUUGAACACUAGUGGUAUUUUAGUAAGUUAUUUUGUAUAUAGUAAUGGUUCGUGAUCUUAGUUCCAUAUUGUUAUGCUCGUAGCUGCGAGUGAGAUAGUACUAACUUAUCUUUUGCAAUGAGAACAUUUUAUUUAAUUUUGUGUUAUAGCUUUAAUAAUCUAAUUUGAUUAUGAGCUAUAAAUGAUGCGAAACGACAAUGGUAUACAUGCAUUUUACGAAUUCUAAGGCGAAGAAAGUGUUAGUAAAAAGAGUCCUUUAAUAUAAAUUAAAACAAUGAAUAGUUUGUUUUUAUUUUUCAAUUAUUAUAAAAGCACUUAAAUAAAUUGACUGACAGAUAACGCACAGCCUAUAUCGCUAGUCGCAGAGACUUGAAUUCGGGGCACGAUCAUAUACCCCGAAGAAGGUUAAAAUUAAUGUGUGUAUGAAGCGCCAUUGUUUUUAGAACAAUAUAUCGAUGAAAACAAUAUUAAUAUUUCAGGAAGAUAAUAUUUUAUCCCAAAAUGAAAAUGGAAAGUUUUUACGGGAAAUCAAAUGUUACCACAGCAACCACUGUUAUACGAGUACAUAAUUUAAAAUAAAAAUUACUUUUUAACCGACUUCAAAAUCCAAAAGGAGGUGGUUAAUGUUCAACGUAGAUGUGUUUUUUAAGUAUAUUCAAUUGUUCAUCAAUUUUUUUUAAAAUUCGACAACUUAAUGAACCGAAGUGGGUCCCAUUUCAAUUUAAUAGAAAUCAAUUCAAUAGCUUUACUUUGAUAACAAAACAAAAUAUUAAUUUUUAGUGUUACAAAAGAUUGCGUGUCAAAACA